AUGAAGCGAUGCAAUUCAUUUCAUUCUCGAAUACAAUACUUUGAUAGUCGACAUUGUAAUACAUGCCAUUCCUUUAUGGGUUCAUGUAUUUGUCAUAAAAAAGAUGAAUAUUUUUCAAUGAAUGAUCUCAAUGGCAUCGAUAAAUAUUAUUCAUUAAUGUCAAAACGAAAAGCAAACAUACUGAUAUGGCUUAUCGAUUCAAAAGGUCCAUGGGAAACACCUGAAUCGUUUCUAUGUUUUAAACAAAGUGUGACUAAAUUUGAUCCUGUCAAAGUAUCGAACGAAGAUGAGAUAGAAAUCCGGAAAUCCAACUCGAAAUCGAUUAUAAACAGAAGUUUGAAACAUAAAUCGAGUAUGCAUGUUGAUCAAAAAGAAGCAAUCAUGAAGUCGAAUUUUGUUUAUGCAAAUGUACCUGUUACUACUUCUACUGUUGUUAAUUAUGCACCUUUAUUAGAUUGUGCAAGUGAUUGGUAA